ACCAGCUGUCUCGUGCGCAGCAGUAUGAAUGUGUCGGGGGCCCCUAGCAAGGGGAAAUAGGCAGAUUGGAGUCUGCGACAAAUGAGCGACCAAUCCAGAAAAGGCUCGGAGCACGGAAAUAAUGGAGGCAAGGUAGGGCUGCUUGUCGGGCCUGAUUGACCGUGAGCGGAGACGCAGCGGAAGCAAAGAGCGAGACGAAGGAUGCUGUGGCUGUGGCUGUGGGCUUGUGGUCGUCAAGCAAAGGGAGAUCGUUGCUCGUGCACAACUCGGCGGUUUCGGUCGAUGUCGUGCGUUCAGUUCAUGGGGUUUCUUUUUUUUCCCUCGCUUGCCCCCUUGUUUCUCUCCUCUUGCGCGCCUAUUUGGGUAGCAGGCAACCUAAGACUUAGACUCAGCCAAGGGAUGGUCCAGACUCUGGUCAGAUUGGCACAAACCCGAUGCCGUCGUGCCUCCAGGCCGUCUGCGAUAGGUUCCAGAGAGUAUUUUCUGAAACCCUCCAACCAGAUGGUGUGCAGGGACGUGUCAUCAGGGGUGUUUAGAUUUUACUGUGUGUUAGGCGCAACGUUUGAAGGCAUAUUCUACCGUACCUGGUUUACCUUUGAGGGGGGCUGGAAAUUAGGUAGCGCUCGGCACCCGACCUAAGGCACGAAGGUACUAACUGGG